GGGGGGACCGCGCGAUGGGCGGCGCCAUCUUGGGGGCGACGGGAGCCGCCGGGGAUCAAACGUCCUUCCGCCCCGCGGCGGCCAUGGGGUCGCGGGAGCCGUGCCGCCGGCUGGAGGCGGUGCUCGGUGCCCUCUACGAUCUGGGUGAGGAGCCGAGCGCUCGGGGCUCCGCGGAGGACGGCGAGGCGAGCGCAGGAGCCGCGGCGGCGGCGGAGGAGGAGGAGGAGGAGAGCCGGGGACCGCAGCCGGCGGGCGGGCGGCGCGGAGCCCGCGACUUUUUCGGGGAGCUGCGGGCCGAGCUGGGCGCCGCCGCCAUCCCGCCGCCCCCCGCCGCCCCGCCGGCCGUGGAGGUCGUGGUGUUUCGCGGGAGGAAGAGGAGGGGACGGCCCGGCCCCUCGGCUGCACCCACCGGGGGUGCCCAGACCAAAAUAGCGGAUGAAGAGAAAAAUGCAAAUGAACAAGAAUUUAACUUCGAAAAAGCUCGUCUGGAAGUGCACAAGUUUGGAAUCACUGGCUACAAGAAGCAAGAACAACGCGUAUGGGAACAGGAGCGUGCUAUCAUGCUGGGAGCCAAGCCCCCCAAAAAGGAACACGUGAACUACAAGACUUACCAAGAGAAAAUGAAGGAGAAAAAAAGGGCGAAGGAUGAUGAUAAGGGAAAGGAACAUAAAGGUGAUGCUCUUAAGAAGAAGAAGAAGAAGAAAGAACAGGAGAGGAAGGCCAAAAGGAAGAAAUCAGUGCCUAGCAUUUGGCAUGCAGGACAAGUUGGAAAAUUCAGAGACGGGACCUUGAUUCUGCAAAGCUAUGACAUAAAGAAAAUUAAAUCAUCUAAAGUUAUCAAAUGAACUUAUGAUACAGAGUGAAAUGGACAGUACACAUAAGAUAGAAUUCACGUUACUGCCAAUGCAGACUUACGGAACCUCUUGCCUUCCCACCAUAUCCUAAUUUUUUUUACUUUAUUUGUUGUUGCAGGAUUUCCUAUAUUCCAUUCUGCCUUGGGAAGAAUCUGAGAAUUUACCAUUUCAUAAAUAAAAUUAAGACUUUUUAUUAAGAAUGUUACACAGGCUAUUUUUAUUAGUCAAUACGUGCUAAAGCAAGCAUUGCACUUUCCAGAAUCAGCUUAUUGGCUGUAAGUAAAAUAUUCAGUUAAUUCAUUAAUUAAUGGAUUAAAAUAUAUAGCUCUUCACUUUCAUCUGGAAGGAAUAUGGAAAAAGCAAUACCUUACUUGCUCUGAACCUGAAGUAGGUAUUAUUCUCAAUACAUCUGUUUCUGUGUCCUUAUGAAUUGUUAGUGGAUAGUGGAACUGCACAACAGUUUUGCUAUCCAGCAAAACAUCUUAAGGUUUCAAAAUUACCUGCUUUGGAAUGAAAAUAAGAUUUUCUGAAGUUUUGUCCCAGGUAAGAGUUACAGAUUCAACUUGUAUAUCUCUGCAGAGAUGUCCAAAUAAGCGCUGUUUCAAAUGGUGGCUUGGUUGGUUUGUUUUUAAAAACAUGAGGCAUAGACACUCAAUAGCUACUGCUUGUUCAUGGUUAACUCGGUGUGGCCAUGCCUUAUAAGGCUUUUCUAUGAAAUCUUUGUCAAAACUGAAGUUUUAGUGCUAUUUGGAUUUCAGCAAUUUGAUGUUUCUGAAAGAACAUUUUGGUCCUCUGUAGCUAAAUAUUUUUUUGGUUUUAAGGUUGUGUUUCCAUUAGAAAUGGCAGUGGUUAGUAACCUUCCAAAAUGUCCUCUCCAUUCUACCUUAAGCUAAAGAGACUUGAAUAUUUUAGGGGGAGGCAAAAAAAAAAGGUUAACUGUUAAGUGACAGAGGAAAAAGUUCAUGUUGUGCUGCUUAUGUGUAACGUUAUCUUUAUCUGGAGCUUGUUUGAACAGCUCUGGCAGUGAAGCAGGUAUAUAUAAGGAAAACAGCCCUUGCUGGAGAAACUUCUUCCAGGUGUAUUGGUGAAAUUCAGUGUACCCCUGCGGGCUGGGGAAGUGAAGCACGCUUCUCGGCUGCCACCUGGGAGCCUGAGUAAGGCGAUCUCUAACCCUGAGCUUGCAGCUAGCAAGGAGAACAGCAGCACAGUCCUGUCUGCAAACAGCAGCGUCGGAGGCUGUCCCCUUCCCAGGACAGGGAAAUAUUCCAGGGCAGGGAGAGCUGUGCUUACUGGUGAGAAGGGGAUGCUUACUGGUGCGCUCCUUCCCCCACACCUGCCACCUUACUUUCAGGUCCUGGAGAAGUGCCCCGCCAGCACAGAGGGGUCUAAGAGGAGGGAGAGAGUCCGGAGGGAAUGAGAGCCGGCUAAAAAGUGGAAGGGAUUGUUUCUGGAGCCAUGUGGGAAGAGGAGGGGUGUGCAGAGUUGGUUUGCUCAAUACUGUUAUCGCAUUUCAUAAUUGCAUAAUUCGAUUUCUUCUUAUUCAGUAUUGGUUGCAGAUUGAAACCGGAAUUAAUAAUCCUAUCUGGUUGCAGGCUUAGAGAAAUGUCGAAUCACGAUUGCAUGUGAAGAUAUGCUAGCUAAGCAGAAUUGAGUACAGAGCAUCAAGACUUGUUGAGGCAGGAGAUGGGCUUUGGAUGUUGUGGCAUAACCUGUGUUUUUUGAUUCCUGGUUAAUCCUUGAGCUCGGUUUUUCACUGCUCACUUCUACAUGAGGUUUUGUUCAGCUGGCUUUGGGUAUAGCCUGUGGUGGGAGUUUACAUCCUCAGUCAACUUUGGCAAUUUAAAUGGCUCACUUUCCAGCUCCACAGGUCCCAAAAGUUAUUUAGGAGUGAAACUUGGUCAGAAUGGAGUGUCUAAUUUUUGCAGUCCUGGUCUCAAGUUUGCAAGCUCUGUUAAAGAAGAGCUGAAAAACUCAGUUCUUAAAAUAAGAAGUUGAAAACUGAAAUGCCAAGCUGACAGUGGAACAUGAAAGCUUUGGGGGGGAAAAAACCAAGAAUAAAAGCUUAUUCAAAA